AUGAAUUGUGUUACCAAUGUUGAUGCAUCUAUUCUCUGGAAUAGGAAAAAGUUGCAGGACUUUCCUAUGGAGAAAGGGCUAAGGCAGGGGGAUCCGUUAUCUCCUUACCUGUUUGUGCUUUGCAUGGAGAGACUUUCAAAUAUGAUUUUGGCUAAAGUCAAUGAUAAAAGUUGGAAAGGGGUGAGGGCUUCUGUACAAGGCCCUGCUAUUUCCCAUCUCUUCUUUGCAGAUGAUCUUCUCCUUUUCGGUAGAGCGGAGGAAAGAAAUUGUCAAACUAUCAUGGAUGUUUUGAGGAAGUUUAGUGCUAUUUCUGGUCUUAAGCUAAACCUCCUGAAGUCCAAAAUCUUCAUGUCUCCUAAUGUGUCUAUAUCCAAAGCAAGGAACUUGAGUGGGCUGUGUGGCAUUUCUCUUACACUUGAUUUGGGCAGAUAUCUUGGUAUUCUUUUGCUUCAUAGCAGAUGUAGUCGGAAUCAUUUCCAGUUUAUUAUUGAUAAGAUUCAAAGUAGGCUUUCUGAGUGGAAAACAAGUAUGCUCUCAUUUACGGGGAGAGCUACUCUAAUUCAAUCAGUCACUUAUGCAAUUCUUACUUAUUUCAUGCAAACCAUGCUUCUUCUCGCUAAUAUUUGCAAGGUUAUUGAUAAGCAUAACUGUAAUUUGUUGUGGGAUGACUGUGAGAAUAAGAAAAGAAUUCAUCUUUUGAAUUGGGCUACUAUUUGUAACAGUGAGAAAUUUGGAGGGCUUGGUCUUCGUAAGGCAAAGCUCCAGAAUAGUGCCUUGUUAUCCAAACUGGGCUGGAGAACCCUUUGUAAGGACUCUAGCUUGUGGGUGAAGGUGCUGGAGCAGAAGUAUUUGCUUAAUGACCAACUCAUGACUUAUUCUUCUAAAAGGAACUCCUUCCUUACUUGGAGGGGUAUCCUUAAGUCGAGGGAUGUCUUAAGAAAAGGCAUCAAAUGGGGGGUUGGUGAUGGUUCUAAGAUCUCCAUUUGGCAUGAUUGGUGGUGUGGGGAGGCUUCUUUAGCAUCCCAAUACCCGAAUCAUAAUUCCAUUAAUAUGGACAAGGUGGAUAAGCUCAUGAAUGGCUUAGGGGAGUGGGAUGUGAAUAUGUUUGAGUCCUAUCUUCCCAGGGAUGUUUUUUCUGAAGUGCUCAAAAUCCAUUUACCCCAAUUUGUUACUUUUCCUGACACCCCUUUUUGGAAGGGGUCCCCAAGUGGUAAUUUUUCUACUGUCACAGCUUAUCAGCUUGCUUUUCCUCCGGUGGAGAAUCCUAUGUUUCUGGACUGGGUUUAUCAGAAGAUGCUAGUUGUCCCAGAUGUUAUCAUCAUCUGGAGGAUGUUGAACAUCUGGCCAUCUCUUACUUUGGUUAAUUGGAUACCUUCUCCUGCAGGAAAGAUCAAACUUAAUACUGAUGGAUGUGCCCGUGGAGAUCUGGGGAAAGGUGGGUUUGGAGGCGUCUUUAGAGACGAGCCAGUUUUGCUCACUGAAGGCCUUCUCCAAAACUGCUCUUUCCACAGCAUAGUAGAGGAUGCUUGGCACUUGUUCCGUAGGUGUACUUGCACUAUUCGUCAUAUCAUGCGGGAAGGUAACAAAUGUGCUGAUCUCCUUGCCAACAUGGGGGCUGAUCAAAGGGACCAGUUGGUGAUGGUGGAUGAUCCUCUUGCUGGAGUUCGGAGCCAAGUAGUGGCAGAUAUGAUUGGAACGGCAUAUCGUCGAAUCUAG